UCCAAUCAGGCACACAGCUGGAGCGAACAGGGCGGCUUCCGGGAUUUGGCGGGGCCUUUGUCUCUGACUGAAGCGGGAGCUCCAGGUCUUGUCCUCACUGCUUUGUGUCUUCUGCUUUUAGGGGCGCAGCUCUGUGGCCCUGUGACCUGACCCCUGGAAGCCUAGAAAUGGGACUGUUGACAUUUAGGGAUGUGGCCAUAGAAUUCUCUCUGGAGGAGUGGCAGUGCCUGGACAUUGCACAGAAGAAUUUAUAUAGGAAUGUGAUGUUAGAGAACUACAGAAACCUGGCUUUCCUGGGUAUUGCUGUCUCUAAGCCAGACCUUAUCAUCUGUCUGGAGAAAGAAAAAGAGCCCUGGAAUAUGAAGCGACAUGAGAUGGUGGAUGAACCCCCAGGUAUAUGUCCUCAUUUUGCUCAAGAUAUUUGGCCAGAGCAGGGCAUGGAAGAUGCUUUUCAAAAAGUAAUACUAAGAAGAUUUGAAAAAUGUGGACAUGAGAACUUACAGUUAAGAAAAGGUUGUAAAAGUGUGGAUGAGUGUAAGGUACACAAAGAAGGCUAUAAUGGACUUAACCAGUGUUUCACAACUACCCAGGGCAAAGUAUCUCAAUGUGGUAAAUAUUUGAAAGUCUUUUAUAAAUUUAUAAAUUUAAACAGAUAUAAGAUAAGACAUACUAGAAAGAAACCUUUCAAAUGUAAAAAUUGUGUCAAAUCAUUUUGCAUGCUUUCACACAAAACCCACCAUAAAAGCAUUUAUACUACAGAGAAGUCAUACAAAUGUAAAGAAUGUGGAAAAACUUUUAAUUGGUCCUCAACCCUUACUAAUCAUAAGAAAACUCAUACUGAAGAAAAGCCCUACAAAUGUGAAGAAUAUGGCAGAGCUUUUAAUCGAUCCUCAAAUUAUGCUACACAUAAGAUAACUCAUACUGGAGAGAAACCUUACAAGUGUGAAGAAUGUGGCAAAGCAUGUAGCCAAUUCUCAAUGCUAACCAUUCAUAAGAGGAUACACACUGGAGAGAAACCCUGCAAAUGUGAAGAAUGUGGCAAAGCAUUUAGCCAACCCUCAGCCUUAACCAUACAUAAAAGGAUGCACAUUGGAGAGAAACCCUACAAAUGUGAAGAAUGUGGCAAAGGAUUUGUAUGGUCCUCAACCCUAACUAGACAUAAGAGGCUGCACACAGGAGAGAAACCCUACAAAUGUGAAGAAUGUGCCAAAGCUUUUAGCCAGUUUGGACACCUUACUACACAUAGGAUAAUUCAUACUGGAGAGAAACCCUACAAAUGUGAAGAAUGUGGUAAAGCAUUUAGCCGAUCCUCAGCCCUAAAUACACAUAAGAGAAUGCACACUGGAGAGAAACCCUACACAUGUGAAGAAUGUGGCAAAGCUUUUAGCCACUCCUCAACCCUUACUGCACAUAAGAUAAUUCAUACUGGAGAGAAACCCUACAAAUGUGAAGAAUGUGGCAAAGCUUUCAUAUUGUCCUCAACCCUAUCUAAACAUAAGAGGAUUCACACUGGAGAGAAACCCUACAAGUGUGAAGAAUGUGGCAAAGCUUUUAGUCAAUCCUCAAAUCUUAGUACACAUAAGAUAAUUCAUACCGGAGAGAAACCUUACAAGUGUGAAGAAUGUGGCAAAGCAUUUAAUCGAUCUUCAAAUCUUGCUACGCAUAAGAUAAUUCAUACUGGAGAGAAACCUUACAAGUGUGACGAGUGUGGCAAAUCAUUUAUCUGUUUCUCAACCCUUACUGAACAUGAGAUAAUUCAUACUAGAGAGAAACCUUACAAAUGUGAAGAAUGUGGCAAAGCAUGUAUAUGGUCCUUAACGCAACAUAAGAGGAUGCACACUGGAGAGAAACCCUACAAAUGUGAAGAAUGUGAAAAAGCUUAAUUCUCAAAUCUUACUAAACAUUAGAUAAUUCACACUGGAGAGGAACCUUACAAGUAUGAAGAAUGUGGGAAAGCUUUUAAUCGAUUCUCAAAUCUUACUACACAUAAGAUAAUUCAUACUGGAAAUAAACCCUACAAAUGUGAAGAAUGUGGCAAAGCAUAGUCCUCACCCCUAAGUAGACUUAAGAGGAUGCACAUUGGAGAGAAACCUUGCAAAUAUGAAGACUGUGGCAAAGCCUUUAAAUGUUCCUCAACUCUUACUAAACAUAAUCAUACUGAAGAGAAACUCUACAAAUGUGAAAAAUGUGGCAAAGCCUUUAAGCAGUCUUCAAUCCUGAGUAACCAUAAGAGAAUUCAAACUGGAGAGAAACCCUGCAAAUCUGAAGAAUGUGGGAAAUCUUUUAACCUAUCUUCAACCUUUAUUAAACAUAAGGUAAUUUCUACUGGAGUAAAACCCUACAAAUGUGAAGAAUGUGGCAAAGUGUUUUUCUGGUCCUCAGCCCUAACUAAACGUAAGAAAAUUCAUGCUGGACAGCAACCCUACAAAUGGGAAAAAAUCGGCAAAGCCUUUAACCAGUCCUUUCAUCUUACUACAGAUAAUGCAUGUUGGAGAGAAAUCUUACAAGUGUGAAUAAUGUGGAAAGCCUAAAAAAGUCCUCAAUUCUUAACAGAUACAAGAGUAUUCAUACUGAAGACAAACUGCAGAUCUGAAAGAUGUGCCAAUGCUUUUGACAGCACCUCAAACUUUUCUAAACAAAGAAAAUCAUGCUCCUGACAAAUCCUAGAAAUGUGAAGAAUGUGACGAAGACUUCAAAUGAUUGUCAGCAAUUGAUUGUGGGUAAGAUAAUUCAUACUGAAAAAAACUACCACUGUGAACAAUGAGGCCAAGCUUCUAACCAAUGCUUACAGCUUAUUGCACCGGAAGGCAUUUAUAUUUGAAAACAAAUGUACAAAUAUAGACAAAGUAAAAAAACCAUUAACACCUGCUCACAUCUUACUCAAAGAGUUCAUACUAAAUAAAAGCAUUAAAAGUCUAAUUACCAUCAAAAGAUAAGAACAUAUGUCUUUAAAGUGCAGAAGAGUAUUUAUUUUGAAAAAGCAUUACAAAUAUGAAGAGGGUUGUAAUACCUUUACUUGUAUCACAGAGCUUAUUGUACACAUUUUAUACUAGAGGAAAACCCUGAGGCAGUUAUUAAAAUUUUGCUCAGUAUCACGGAGUUUAUAUUGAAGAAAACCCUGCAAAUAUGCUGAAUUUGGAAAAACAUUUUUUCAAAAACUACAAAUUAUAGAACACCAAAGAGUUCAUACUAAAAUAUAUUUUUGCAGAUGCAUUAAAUAUGAAAGAUGUUCAAUCCAAAAUUAAGUCUAUAUAAAUAUCAGGGAAUAAUUCACAGUAGAAAUAUCUAGGCCACUCAAACUUUAGACAUUACACUAAAUCAGAGUGUGAGUAUAGGAGAUAAUACAAACUAAAGUUCGUGUAAACAUUAAUUGUGUAUAACUUUAAAAGAAGUAGAAUUUUUUUGGAGUUAUAAUUACAUUCAAAGUAUACUUUUUUUUUGAA